ACUUAUUCCGAUUCUGUAAUUUAUAAUCGCUAACGAAACCGUUUUUAAAAUUUUCACCUCUGUAAGGAUGUAUACGCGAUAUAAAGUGGCUUCACGUUAAUGUCAUCGAGAAGGAGAAAAAGGAUAUCUCGAUGCGCGAUAGGGCUACAAGAGAACAGACGUUGGACAGAACGGAUCUCGUCCAAGAUGUCAGGAAGACUGCCCCGAUUGCGUGCACUUCGUCCACGACCCCAGCAGCUCAAAACGGAACCACAUAAGGAAGGUAACCUUAAAGAAAAUCGUCAGGAAAUUGUGAUGAGGGAACACGAAUUGCAGAGUGAUACCGAGGACAUUUCGUACAGUGUCAAAGACGUUGGCCCUAUAAAGAACAAUCUGAAGCAUGAACAUGAGGGGUUCGAUUGUUCGGGACCCUCGCAAAGUUACGAGUGUAAAACAUGUAAACCUUCGAAGCUUUUGUCGAGUCUUAAAGCAUAUCUCGAUCAUCUGAAAAAAGAGCAUAAACAGAAGGGAAAAUUCAUACGUGAUACUGGAAAUCGAUGUUCUAUGUGUUCAUAUGUUGGAUUAAACUCAAGGGAUCUUGAAACUCAUCAGAGAGUACAUCAUUUAAAGAGAAGGUUUUUCCGGUGUGCUAAGUGUUCUUAUGUAACACAUGUACGUGCUCGAUAUACAAAACAUGUGAAGUAUCACUCAAUGCCAAUGAUUAAGUGUGAUGCCUGUGAUUUUCGUACACCAUACAAGUGGAAUUUAGAUAGGCAUACUCGAAAUCAUGGAGGUGGUGGAGCAUUUCAAUGCCGUGCCUGUAAUUUUACUGCUGAUAUUAGACAAAGUUUAACAGUACACGAAACUAAUCAUCAUGAACCUCCUGUGGGUCAAACGAAUCGUAAAUCUAAUACACCUUUUGAACGCAAACCAAGAAAUAGUCCUAAACGUUAUAAUCAGGUGGGUGCAAGUGAUUUCCGGGAAUCACUACACAUAUCUGGUAGUACUACAGUUUCAAUCAGCCCUGGUGAUUCAUUCAUUUCUGAUCAAUCUAUGGAAGAUAAAAGGAGUGCAAUAGCUAAUGCAGAAUGUAUAGCAUUAAAAUGUGAAGAAAAAGGCUGUCAGUUUAUCACUGCAUGGGAUUCUGAGAUGCAACGACACUUAGCAGAAUGUCAUGCUCCAAUUACACCAAAUAAAUCCAGGAAACCACUGCCAAUGUUAAUACCUCUAAGUCCUGCUAAGUUAAAUAAUAUUACCUCUAGUGGACCUUCAACAACAUUGUUAAAAGUUCCGCGUGUUAGAGUAAGACCGGAACUCGCGCAAAUCGCAAGAGACACAGAACUGGCGAAAUUGUAUGGGAAUAAAGAAACCAGCAACUUAAAGAAGGAUGCGAAUAAUGCGGCAGAUUUAUUUGAAAAAAAAAAUGCGUCCUUCUUUGAUAAGCUUAAGGAAAAGCUUACAACGACAGCGUCAAUUAAUAAUGGAGUGCCGGAGGUAGCUGUAAGUACUACGAACGAUUUGAAAUGCUGGUGUACUUUUAAAGCUAGUAGCAUGGAAGAGCUGGCUUGUCACAAACAAACACAUCACACUGCUCUCAGUGUAUCUGUGGGCACAACGCGUUGCCCGAAGUGCAGGAGACGUUGCAAAAGUUCGACUGAUCUACAAGUGCAUAUGCAGUGUUGUCACUCGACAAGCAACGAUACGACAAUACACAAUAGCUUAGAAAAAUUAUCAAAUUGUUCAGAACUCCGUGUGACCUCGUAUCGCGGUGAAUAUGCAUUCCCAGCGCAAAUGGAUUGGGACAUUAAUCUCAGCGGAGUCAAUUCUUCUGGAUCAUCGGUUGAAGACUCCUCGACGCAUCCAAGUGGCCGACGGGUAUUCAAAUGCCCGCAUUGUCCAUUUUGGGCAUCCACCGCAAGUCGUUUUCAUGUUCAUAUUGUCGGUCAUUUAAAUCGGAAGCCAUUCGAGUGUUCCCUGUGCGCAUAUCGCUCUAACUGGCGGUGGGACAUCACAAAACAUAUUAAACUUAAAGCAGCUAAAGAUCCAGUUCAUAUGACUGCCAGGGUACUUAUGACGGAUGAAACAGGUCGACGGAAUUAUUCCAAGUAUAACAAAUAUCUUGCACAGGUCGAGCAACAGUCGUGGGAUGAUCAAAACAUAGAAGAACAUAGUGUAGAAGAAACAAAUUCCGAUGAACCUCCAACUAAAUUAUUGAUAAUGAAUAGCAACGAAUAUCUCCAAACAUCGGACAUCGCGUCUACUCCCAUUUCGAUUGUAUCUGCAAACGAAGGAAAUCAUAAUCUUAACACCAUUAAUAUCGGAUUAAAAUCACCGCCACCUCUUAAAGCUGCUGCCCGAAAUCGAGGGCAAUCUUUACUUAAAAACAAUUUGAUUUCGUCUCAUGCACAGGCUGGUUUGAGUGGAUCCACAUCGGUUGUGAUCACAGAAGAAAAUAAACGCACAAUGUGGAAAUGCAAGCGUUGUAACUUUAGACACUCAAAUAGAGAAACCGUGUCUAUGCAUGUUAAGUCUCAUAGUGAAUCUGAACAACGUUUUGGAGAUGAAAAAAAUGCAUUUGGGUGUGGAGAUUGUCCAUUUUCUGCACCUGAUGCAGCGACUUUAUCGAUGCAUAGAAUUCAUCAUCGUCCAAACUUGGAAGCCAUUUUUAAAUGUUAUUUGUGUCCAUAUUAUGUUAGCACAAAAGCAGAACUUUUGGAUCACGUUAGACUUCACGGAGAAGAACUUGCUGUUGUACAUCAACAAUCUAUGGACUAUAAUUUCGCUACUAAGUCUAAAGUACGUCGAACUUUAAGCACCGAUACUAGUAUUAGUCGCAUGAAGCAAGAAAAACCUGCAGAACAAGUAAUACACAUAACGACGCAAAAUAACAUGACUUGUUUCACGAAUACUUCGAAGAAUUCUGGUGCGCCACCACCACCACCAUUACUCCUUGAUACCCGAGCACUGCCUGAAGCUCCACUAGUGUGGGUGUCCCGACCAGAUGGUACACUUGCAAAAAUGUUAAAAUGUCGUCACUGCCCCUUUGUAUCUUCACGACGCGCAGAAGUUCGAGAUCACGAGACUAUGCAUCUUGAUUCUCCUAGUAAUGGUCCUAUAGUUGCUUGUACAGAUUGUAGUUUUACUUGCACUCGACGAGAAGUUAUGGUCGCACAUACAGACAUGCAUUCUGGAUCGUUAGGUACUGUUCAUUGUUUGGUAGACGAUUCCAGACCAGAUUCACAGCAAUUAAGCGAUCUAGCUGCGCUUCUUGGCUUCACUCAUUCUCCUGUAUUAGGUUCUGAACCUGAUCUGCGGGAUUUAAGACUUGUGCAUUGUUGUAGCAAAUGUCCAGCGCGAUUUCUCUGCGAAAAGGAAUUAAGAAUCCAUUUAAGAUAUCAUUCUACAGAAUUAGCUUAUUCAUGUCAAUGGUGUUCCUAUGCUGCUAGACAAACAGCUCAUCUUUUAGCUCACCAGAAAGCACAUUCUACAGAAUAUCAAGAACGAACCAAAUAUUUAUUGUCUCUAUACGGCCAUUCACAGCGAUAUCCCCCACCUACCACAGCGUGUGUUGAAGCAAACAGUCAAGACUCAAGUAAUUCAACAUCUACUGUUGCUUGGAUUGUAGUUGAAGUUACAGAAACCUCGAAUAAUGGUUUUAAUAAUAGUAUUAACAAUACGAAUCAGCGAACUGGAAAUCAAGUGUUCACUUGUGCCAAAUGUCCGGCUCGUUAUUUUAAAUUAGACGCUCUGGAAUAUCAUAUGACUUUGCAUGGGUCGAACAAUAGGUUUAAAUGUACGGAGUGUGACUAUUCAUCAAAAACAGCUCAAAAUCUGGUGAAACAUCAGGUAGUUCAUCGACGUCAAAACGAAACGAGCAACUUAACUUCAAAUUUGACCCCUCUUCCUGAUCCACAAUUUGGACUUUUUAUGCGUGGAAAUCCUAAUUUUGUAUAUCCUGGUUAUCUAAGGAAUGGCCGAUUAAAAGAAAAGCGAUACAAAUGUCAUAAAUGUCCUUCUGCUUUCGAGAAACGAGAACAGUACAGAGUUCAUUUAACUCUGCAUGGUGCAAAACAAAGAUAUCGUUGCGAUACCUGCGAUUACUCCGUCAAAUAUUACGCCAAUUAUAUUCAACAUCUAAAGAAACAUCAAGCAAAUGCCGAGGCGCAAGCUUCACGUAGACAAUUUGAGGAUGAUACUAUUACAAUUGACAGUGAUACCAUUUCUGAUAAUAUAGGUUCUCUUUCACGUUCCGGAAAAACGCUUAAAUCAUCCAAUAAUUCAACAUCAGUCAUAUCUACAAAUGGGAUGUCAAUGUUAAAUUUUGGUGGAGCACAAGCCUCAAAUCAAGAUAAGCAGUCUUUAAUGUUGUUACAAAAGAAAGGGAUACUUUUAUCUUCUAAUGACGAAGUAGAGAUGUUACGAUGCCAAAGUUGUCCAUUUUCUACCUGUGACAAAGAUGCGAUGGAUGCCCAUAAGCGUCGACAUGGUAUCGAAAGAAUGACGCCAUCUUGUCCUCAUUGUGAUUAUAUACCACGAAAAGAUGAGAAUGUCGGUGAACACAUUAGAUUACAUUUUACAAGACUUUAUAAACCAGAAUCCUAUCUUAUUAUAGAAUUAUUAACAUUGACAAUGAGGAAAAUCGCUUCAAAUGGGAAGGAGGAGAAACAAAAGGCUGCCGAAUUACUUUUUAAGGAAUAUGCGGACGGAAGAUUCUUUCCGUUUACCGAUACAAAUUCCUUUGGUUGUUCUUCUGCUAUGAGCAGUUACAAAGAAAAAGUCAUAGUAGAUCCAAAUACAGGAGAAACAAAGCAUUUAACUGUUUAAAAAUAUUAAAAUUAAAAAAAUACCUGCAUAAUGUAUAUUUCUCUGUAUAUAACAAAUGUAUGACGCAUUUUAGGUGUUUAUGAAUAUUUUCUAUAUUCUUUGGUCCAGCAAACUAAAAGAGAAUAGUUGAAAAAAAAAUGAUUACAUUCCAAAUAGUAAGUUAUAAAAACGAAUCUGCAUGAAAGUGAACAUGGUUUGGUUUAUAGCAUUGCUACAUGUACAGAAAAAAUCUUAAUGAAUGAUAAUACGCAUAAUUGCUAUUGUAAUUAAUAUAAGCAACCGCAAUCAUAAUCAUACUCAUUGAGAUGAAUAUUUUUCAGCGUCAAAUUUAAUGCAUUAUAGGUAGGAAACAAAGCCGUACUUUAUUCAUUUAUUAAACGU